ACAAACCCAUUAAACAACCGAAUAAGUGUAAUAAACAGCGGGUGCUGUUCGCUCACCACUGGGUUCAAAACCCAAACCAACUGAUCCAAACUGUCGGACUGCGCAUAAAAUAACGAAAGACGUUUUCGUCUACCAGUUUUCAGUAUUGCUGUGAAAGGCUGAUUAUUUAAAAAUGAAACUGAAACUUGCAGCCGAAAAGGAAAUGUCCUGUCGAGUGAACACUAAGGAGUGCCUCUUAAUACAGAGAGUUCGGGGCACCCUUAGACUGGGAAACAUUUAUUGUGGCUCCCGGUUUCUCAUGUGUGUGUGUGCGUGAGAGAGAGAGAAAGAGCAGAAAUCUGACCAGAGGGGACACUUUUCCAAUGCAAAACAGUAGUCACAACUGUAAACCCGGAAGGGAAUCGUUCAAUUUGUUCAAAAAGUUGAUUAAAUUCAUAAUGAGUGGAAUGGCCGGCUCUCAUGAAGAGUAUUUUGGAUUAUACAACCAAGGAGCCACUUGCUACUUGAACACAUUGCUUCAAACUCUCUACAUGACUCCUGAAGUGAAGGACACUAUUGACAGAUUUGUUGGAGAAACAUAUGAACCCAUUGAUAAGGAUGCCAGCAUUUGCUACCAGCUUAAAGAACUAUUUGCAAACUUAGAAAAUGAUCCAGCACAUACACAUGGAAUUACAAGGACUCUGGGCUUGAGCAAGAAAGUAUUCGAACAACAGGAUGUCGAAGAAUAUUUCCGACUCUUAUUGAAUAAAAUUGACGAAGAAAGUAAUGGAUCUUGUAAUGUAUUGCAGAUCUACCAGAGUAAAGUGAUUAAUUCUCUGAAGUGUUUGGAAUGCGACACUGAAUCCCAAGAAGAAUGUAAGCUUUUGGAUAUUCCCUUGUCCCUUUCGCCUCCUGAUUAUAUGAAAAGGGAAUAUUUCAACAGUGUGAAUGAAUCACUUGAAGACUUUUUGAAGGAUACAAUUCUGAGUAGAGACAAUUUAUGUUAUUGUGAAAGAUGUGAGAAGAAAACUGAGACUAAGACCGAAUACUACUUUGAAAGUCUCCCGCAGAUACUGGCUCUGCUGCUAAAAAGAUUUGAGUUUGACUAUUCUAAGAUGUGUUUCAAAAAGCUGCAUAACUCAAUAAAGAUUCCACAGAAGUUAACAUUUCGGAAGAAGGUUCGAGAUACUGAUAAAACAGAGUGGUGUUUGCUUCCUGAUGAAACUGGGGUUACAGCAAUGACAAAAGCAACACAGCUGAAACCAGGGUCAUCACACGGAAAUGAUGUAUCUAAUGCAAGCUGGAAUCCACAAGAAGAUAACGACCAGGAGGUAAGGAGCACUCAACAUGGUAAUUAAACAUGGCACAAUGUCUG